UAGGGCUGCAAUGAAAAUGGCAAAUAUCGACUCAAUAUUUAAUGGAAUGUUUACAACGGCUGCUCCGAAAAAUGAUAUCUUAUAUUUUGCUGAUAUAUGCGCUGGUCCAGGUGGUUUCUCUGAAUAUAUUUUAUGGCGACGAUGUAAUGCUCCAUAUUGUAUGCAGUCAUCAAGAGAGUUGAACAACAACACUGACAAUCCAACCAACGUUAAUCAUCAUCACAAUGGUGAUACAAUAGGCGAAGAUACAACUACAUUAAUUGAUCCAAUGAAUUCUAGCAAUGCGGCAUCAAUGAAUUCACAACAUCAACCAGUAUUAUCAGCUAAAGGAUAUGGUUUAACUUUAAUUGGUUCAUGUGAUUUUCGUGAGAAUGAUUUUUUAGCUGGUCCAAAAGAAGCUUUUAUGGCACAUUAUGGUGCAGCUAAUGAUGGUGAUAUAACAAAAUGGUCAAAUUUAGCAUCAUUUGCAUCAUUUAUUGGUCGUAGUACAAAUAAUACCGGUGUACAUAUUCUCUUGGCAGAUGGGGAUUUCGAUGUAUCUGGUCAAUAUAAUUUACAAGAAGUAAUGUGUAAACAAUUAUAUUUGUGUCAAUGUUUAUGUGCAUUAAUCAAUCUUAGACCAGGUGGACAUUUUUUAAUGAAACUAUUUGAUACAUUCACUGAAUUCACAAUCGGCAUCAUUUAUUUAAUGGGUUAUUUAUUUGAAGAAAUUUACAUUAUCAAACCGGUAACUAGUCGACCAGCUAAUUCGGAACGGUAUUUAGUGUGUAAAAAUUUACAAUCUUCAUUUAAUGGAAUGGCUGGUUGUUUACCAGCACCUAAGUCAUCCAAAACUUCAUCGGCUAGAAUCAAUCAUUCCGAAUGCAUGGAUCAAAAAUCAAAUUUUCGACAAAAAACACGUAAAUUUCCUAAUCAAUUGCAUCAACCACAACAACAAACAAUCACCAGUAGCACUGACCUUGUUCAUGAUACAGAAGUUAAUCGAAAAUUUGGUAUUCUCAUGGAUGACGAUUUAGUUGACGCUGGUAAUCAUAAUCAAUCGACCAGUGGUGCUAUUGGUUUAAUUAUUAAACAUUUUUUAAAUAUAAAUGAAAAAUUAAAUCAAUUGAAAAUGGAACAAUCCUCGUUGAAAAUGGAUAUCUUACGAAUAUGUCAUAUGGAUGUAAUUGAACAAGAUGAAAAAUUUAUGGAAUUUAUUCAAGGAAUGAAUGAAGAUUUUGCUGAACAGCAAUGUGUAGCUUUAUCGAAAUUGUUAACAUUUUCACAAAAUCCACAACUUAUGGAAGACAGACAAAUGGAAUUGUAUAAAGCAUGUUUGGAAAAAUGGCAGGUAA